UCAGACAUAUAUUUCCGCACUGCUGAACUGGGUUAUUGGCUUUCGGAGGAAUAUUGGGGUAGGAGAAUCAUGUCCAGCGUCGUUGAAGCUUUCGUUACAUGGGCAUGGAGCACCUUUGACAUCCUGGUUCGGGUGAAUGGGCUCGUGGCCGAGACCAACCCGGGUUCAGCGAGGUUGCUCGAGAAGGCUGGAUUCGUCUUGGAAGGCCGUCGGCAGGACGCGAUUUGCAAGGAUGGAAAGGUGCACGCAGAGCUGAUGUUCGGCGCACUUCGGCCCUCAUAA